AUGAAUGUUGGAAAUUCAGAUGCCACAAAUAAUGCUGAAAGUGAGACCUUGGAUAAUAAUUCAGCAUAUGAUAGCAACUCAGCGGAGAAUGGAGUUAGUGAACAUAGAUUACGCUGGUAUCAAAAAUUUGGUAGAUUCGCAAAUACAGGUGAUGCUAGGGCAAGAUUUAAUUAUUGGCUGUUUUACUGUUAUUUACUAACAUUUUGGAUUCCAGCAGCUCUUUUAGCUAAAUGUGGUAUGAGAGAACAUGGAAGGAGAGUGGCUUGGAGAGAGAAGAUAGGUCUCCUAUCUAUUAUCUUGUUCUUAGGCUUGUUUGUAUCAUUUCUGACAUUUGGAUUCAAUAGAACAAUCUGCUCUCCAGUUGAGAACACUAGGGAUCACAAAGACAAUUUUUCUGAUACAUUACUAAUGCAUGGUAAGGCUUUCAAUCUUCAACUAUUUAAUCAUAUCGUUGUACCAGGGAUCUCUCAAACUACCAACUUCAUGGGUGAACCUUAUAAUUAUGGUGGCUAUGAUGCCAGUUUUUUGUUUCAGAACGUUAAUGGAAAUUGUAAAGGAUUAAUUACACCUAAAGAUAACUGUACAAUACCACAUAAUGAUAUUGGAGAUCUAGCGUGGUACUAUCCUUGUAAAAUUCUUAACGACGUUGGAGAACUUAUUGAAUAUUCAAAUGAAAUGGAAUUAGAAAGUCACUUUGAUGGAUGGAAUUGUCAUACAUCAAAUAUCUCAAGAGAAGAAUUUUAUAAAAUGAACUCAUCAGUUACUGUCACAUAUAAAUGGGAGGAUUUGAAGAAACAAUCAAAUAAGUUGGUAGUUGUAAACGGUCAGGUGUUGGAUUUGAGUCGUUUGGAUUAUUUAGAUAGAUAUAAUUUGAACUAUCCCAUUCAUUUUGACGAAAUAAAAACAUUAAAAUUAGAAGGUUAUGAUCUGUCAUUGCUAUAUACUUCUGAGGGUCAGAAAAGGAUGUUACGUUGUCUUACUGAAAUAACAAAAGUUGGCAUUAUUGAUUCAAAAACAGUGGGAUGCCUAAUUGCAGAUGUAGUACUAUAUCUAUCAUUAGUCAUUAUUUUAAGCAUUGUCAUCAGUAAAUUUUUCUUUGCCUGUUAUUUCAAGUGGGUUAUUGCAAAGGGUCAAGGUGUCUCUAAAGUAGAUAAUAAAACUUUCCUUAAAGAAUUAAGAGAUAUUGAAAAGUGGUCGAACAAUACAUUAGAACAAGAUCAAGAGAAUUUAAAUAAUAAUAUCCAAAGAAGUUCAAAUAAUAACGAUGAUCAAGGUAAUAAUGAUUUCGAAAUUGAGACUCCAAUUAAAUUUAAUGAAAAGGUUGAAAAACAUUUUCCAUACCUUUCAAGAAUUAAACAUGUCAACAACAAACCUUCAACCGAUGAUAAUAUUGACAUAUCAGUUAAGGGUUACACGACUAUUUCAUUACAAGACCACUUCCACAAAGUUAGUAGCAGCAGUCAAUGUCUAUUAAAAACAAAUUCCUUUUUAAAUGGGCUUAAUUCUUCAAUCAGUUUAGUGCCUUCUGAUAAAGGAAGCACGUCUCAAUUACAAUUUGAAAAGUCUUUAAUUCACAAGAAAGCUUUAGUGCAACCAGAUAUAUAUUUCACACCGUUUAACUUUCCCCUUGUGUACACAGUAUGUUUUGUCACUUGCUACUCAGAGGAAGCAGAAGGUAUAAAGGCCACUUUGGAUUCAUUGACAGCCACAGACUAUCCAGGUUCUCAUAAACUGUUAAUGGUAGUAUGUGAUGGUCUGGUAAAGGGUUCGAAUAAUGAUAAAACGACACCAGAAAUCUGCAUUAGUAUGAUGGAAGAUUUUGUGAUUGAUCCCACAGAUGUAGAAGCAAGUUCUUAUAUUGCUGUUGCAACAGGAAGAAGGAGACACAAUAUGGCAAAGAUAUAUUGCGGUUAUUAUAGAUAUAAAGGCAAUGAUAUUAAAAAUAAAGAUAAAAGAUUACCAAUGGUGACUAUAGUUAAAUGUGGAUUACCAGAAGAAUCACAAGAUGUUAAGCCUGGAAACAGAGGUAAGCGUGAUUCCCAAGUGUUAAUGAUGUCCUUUUUCCAGAAACUACUAUUUAAUGAACGUAUGACAGAAUUGGAAUAUCAUUUACUGAAAGGUAUUUGGCAAAUAACAGGCACAAACGCAACAUUUUAUGAACUAAUACUAAUGGUGGAUGCAGAUACAAAAGUUUACCCAAACUCAAUAUCUCAUAUGGUGGCAGAGAUGAUUAAAGAUCCACUUAUAAUGGGUUUGUGUGGUGAGACUAAAAUAGUCAAUAAAGCACAGUCAUGGGUAACAAUGAUUCAAGUUUUUGAAUAUUACAUAUCUCAUCAUCAAACAAAAGCUUUUGAGUCUGUUUUUGGUUCAGUAACAUGUUUACCAGGUUGUUUUUCGAUGUAUAGACUAAAAGCUCCAAAAGGAACAGAGGGCUUCUGGGUGCCAAUAUUGAUAAAUCCUGACAUUGUCGAAAAGUAUUCUGAUAAUGUAACAAAUACCUUACAUAAAAAAAAUUUGCUAUUACUCGGUGAGGAUCGUUACUUAUCAUCACUUUUACUGAAAACCCACUCUGGAAGGAAAAUGGUCUUUGUCCCUAAGGCUGCAUGUAAAACUAUGGUGCCUGACACAUUUAAAGUUUUAUUAUCACAAAGAAGACGUUGGGUAAACUCUACAAUACAUAAUUUAUUUGAACUUGUAUUGGUUCGAGAUUUAUGUGGAACAUUCUGUUUCUCAAUGCAAUUCUUCAUUUUAAUUGAAUUAAUUGGAACUUUGGUUCUUCCAUUGGCUAUUUGUUUCACAAUGUACAUAAUAUUUUUUUCUAUCACUUCCUCACCAACACCCGUCAUCACUUUGGUAUUGCUAGCAUUAAUUUUAGGAUUACCUGGUAUACUAGUUGUGGUGACAGCAACAAGGAUCUCUUACAUUAUGUGGCUAGGAGUAUAUAUUUUGGCACUUCCAAUUUGGAAUUUUGUUAUCCCAGUAUAUGCGUAUUGGAAAUUUGAUGACUUCUCUUGGGGAGACACUAGAGCUGUCGAUGGAGAAACGAAAGACAACCAUGGAGAUGAUGAAGGUAUUUUUGAUUAUUCGAAUAUCAAAUUAAUGAAAUUAGAAGAUCAUAUAAAAUUAGACAGUAAUAUUUAA